CGGCAAACGCCGGAUCCACGAAAGUAUCAACAAGUAUGUUCGCAGAUUUGGUGGGAAGGAUGCUAAAUACAUGGAGUCCCCUUCACAUCUUUCUUCUGCUUUCUUGCUUCUAAUUAAAACUUGGCUCUUGAACAUUUCCUUGUCAAAUAUUUAAUUGCCUUUCAGAUCUUGAUGGAGUCAUUUGGAUUCUUUCCAGAACAUUCACAAUGAAUUGCAACGGGUGCUAAAUUUCGUUCUCUGGCUUGUGCUCCACAUUCAUAACAAUGGCUUCCAACACCUGAAAAUUAAAAACGGUAGAAAGUGCAUUAAUGAGGAAACCCUGCCAAUAUGGAAAUGACCCUGAGAACUCUUAUGUUUAUUUGUUUUUCAUUUUCCAAUAUGACAUGGAUUAAUAUUGAUUGCCCUUGAACUGUAGCGAGCAUUCAGAGAGAAAAUAUCUGGACAUGACUUUCCCUGGACGGACUCGUGUGUCAAGGAACGUUUUCAUCCCUCAUGUCUGUACCCUUAUCUUGGAAUCACUUUUCUCAGUGAUAUUUUUGAGUGUGAUGGGUUCUGCUUGUCCCAAGAGCUGCCACUGCUCUGAAAGGAAUGGUUUGACAGUAGUGCAAUGUUCCUCUCGCAACCUAGAGGAGAUACCCCCAGACCUUCCACACAAUACCAUGUCACUUCUGCUGUCCUCCAAUCACAUCACCAAAAUCCCCAACCAGGCUUUCAAAAACCUUCCUUGGCUUCAAGAGCUGGACUUGUCGAGGAAUGCUAUUGACACAGUGGAUGCUGGGGCUUUUCAGGGUGUCGCUGAGAGCUUGAGGGCCCUCAAUCUGUCCUAUAACCAUAUGCGAAGCGUACCAAAGGAGGCCUUUGCUCGGCUGAAUGCCAAAAUCAGCCUGUCCAACAACCCAUGGCACUGUGAGUGCACCCUACAGGAAGUGUUGCGUGAACUCCAGCUGGAUCCUGAAACUGUGAAUGAGGUGAGUUGCCACACCUCUGUCCAGGAGGAGUAUGCGGGCAAGCCUAUUAUACAAGUGUUGGAUUCGGGCAUAAACUUUUGUAACUUCCACCACAAGACUACCGAUGUGGCCAUGUUUGUCACAAUGUUUGGCUGGUUCACAAUGGUGAUUGCUUAUGUAAUCUAUUAUGUACGGCACAACCAGGAAGAUGCCAGGAGACAUCUGGAGUACCUCAAGUCCCUGCCAAGUAGCUCCCAAAUUAGUAAGGACUUUGACACAAUCAGCACUGUUCUCUAGCAUGAAUCAAUGCAAUAUAGGAGCAAAUGUGUUUGGCGACUGGGUUGGUAGUAAUGAUGGCACAACAGCAAGCCUUAUCAUUUCUAAUUGCUUCCCAAGGACCUAAUAUGUAAUUUUGUUGAUCAUUUGAUUUGAUUGUAAAUGGUUUUAUGGAUGUUUGCACAAUGAAUGUUUUGACAAUUUUUCUGUCAACAUAGUCUCAUGACAACUCGUAAUAAUUUGUAAGAGAUAGCAAAAUUGUAAGAUUAUCAUACGAUUUGGUUUGUACAGAAAGGUAUGGCUUUUAUUCCCAUAGAUACCAACCAAACAACAGAAUUUAAAGUUAAUACAAUAUAGGCAUCAAAUUUCGCAAGCCCACUAUACAACACUUAAUUUUAAGAAAGGAAAUGUCUGAGAACAAAUUUGGUCACUCAUUCCAAAUUUUUAUGCAAUACAAUUCACUGAUGUACGUCAGUAACAUAUUCCAAGACUUUUUUUUUUUACCAUGGUACACAACAAUGAUUGUCCUAUUAAAAUCAUAGUUAAGGUUAGGGUUUGGGAAAAGGGUUAAACUUUGUUUAGAUUUAGAUUUAGGUUAGGGAUUAUGCUUUAUUGUUAAGUUUUGGUUGGGGGUUAAACUUAGGAAAUAUUGUAAGAAGUCUCAUUCAGAAGCCCAUUGUUUAUCUUUCUUCAAUAGUUCACAACAGUUAUUUUCCUCUUAAAAUCAUCAUAGGUUUGGGUAAGGGGUUAGACUUCAUGGUAAGGUUUAUGUGUGGGAUGUGGGUUAAACUUUGGAGAAAUUGUAAUAACAUAAUUAAUUAAUUUGUUUAUUUUUCUCAAUGCGAGUUAAAAGAUGUUUUUGUUCAAGCCAACUCAUAUGAUUUCACCUUCUUGUUUUAUUAUUACAAUUUAUCGUGAGACCGGGUUGGUUAUGUUGUGGCCAAUUGGUGCCUCUCCGCAGGUUCUGCAAAAGCUCAAAUUUCUUUACUGGGGCUUAAAUUACAUUUUCCUAAAAUUAUUUGUCAGUUUGCGUUCUAAUUGAAUUACAUUUCACAACUGAGAACUAAAUGCUGGAUUUAUGGUCCAUUUAUUUUCCUUUCUUUAUGGUGUUGUGUUAAUGAAUGAGUUUUCAGAGCAAGUACAUCACUGCCAGAAACCCAUCAGUUGAGCUUUUCCUUGUUAUCUGGAAAGUUGGCUGCUCACCCCAUUCUAAAUGCUCAAGUGCCUACACCCUGGUACCUCAACACCAAUACACUGUGCAUUGGGCAUUAUUUAUUGUGUUUUCUCUAUUUUCCUUAUAAUUGAAGAAUUUUUUUUUUAAUGAGUGUUACGUCCCAGUACAUAAUCUUUGUUGGGGACCUGGGUGUGCUGCCUGUGUGUGUGCUUCUUUGUUUUUUCCCCCUAUUUUGCUAUCACAGGAUCAGUGACACCAGCUUGCUUCAAUUACCAUCAAUGGGUGUGGCUCUCCUAAUUCGCUCUUGGAGGAUAGCACACCAGUAUAAAAGCGUGCCUGGUGGAACUAGAGAGGGGAGACAGGAGAUACUUCCAUGUGGUCUCCUUGUUGAGCUUACCGUUUUCCUGCCCCAGAUAUUUUUGUGUUGUUUUAUGGUUGAAAUUUGUAUUCCAACCCUGUAACUGUUGAUUCAUGUAUGUACUGAUACUUGCUAAACAUUCCUGUGAAGCCGGGUUUAUUUGUUGUUUAGCUCUCUUUUUGUAUUGCCAUUCACGCUAAGCUAAUUGGCUUAUGCUUAGUUCUGGAGGAAGUCGUAGGGAGUUGGGUGCCAUUUUCUUUGUUUAUCUUUUUCUCCUGUUUUUAUGUUAGAGAGGGAGCAUGUUAUAGCCCUGUGUCUUUUUGUUGUAUUUUAUCUUUAAAAACUUAGUUUUCAUGAAAUGGUUAGAAGCUUCUUUUGUUUAUUAUUUUGACCUGACCCUCUCUUGAGCUAAUUUUGCUUCCAUUUUUAUUUUAUUUUUUUUAUUUUAUUUUUUGUAUCUAGCUGAGCUAUCCUUUAGUACAUCUUUGAUACUACUUCAAAUUUUGUUGUCUGGAAAGUCCUGGGACAGGAGAUGGGCGCUCAGACAAGUACAGUAUUUAUUUAUUUACAUCUUUUAGUUUUGUUACUCCUCUACCGUAGACGGGGGAGGAUGUAACAUAAUUUUGAGGCAAUUUCUGUUGUCCUGUGUGUUUAUUAGAGCAGUGUCAUUUUCAGAUAUUUUAAGUUUAAAUCUUUGUGUAUUUGGAUGAUUUCUCUGAUCUUUGUCAAUGGAAGUGUUGUACUGUAUAUAAAUAGAGGAUAUCAGAUGAUAUGCAAAAAAGGAAUUUGUUUGUUUAUUAUAGGGAAAAGGGCUUGAGUCUUUUCAUCUGAACACAAUGUUUGUUUUUGUAGAGAGUCCACA